AUGGUUGAUCAAGGCAUAUUGUUAGGCCAUGUCAUUGCUUCCAAUGGGAUAGAAGUUGAUAAAUCUAAAAUUGAUCUAAUUCAUUCUUUACUUCCUCCAACAAGUGUGAGGGAGAUUCGUUCUUUUCUUGGACAUGCAGGAUUUUAUCGAAGGCUGUUGCAAAAGGAGGUGCCAUUUCACUUUGAUGAAGAUUGUAAAAAGGCAUUCGAAUGCUUGAAGGAACUUUUGACAUCGACACCCAUUAUUCAACCACCAAAUUGGAACAAGCCAUUUGAGUUGAUGUGUGAUGCAAGUGACUUUGCAUUGGGAGCCGCUUUAGGACAACGAGUUGGAAAGACACAUCAUGUUAUAUAUUAUGCAUCAAGAACUUUGAAUGAUGCCCAACUCAAUUACUCUACUACUGAAAAAGAGCUUUUAGCAGUCAUUUUUUCCCUAGAGAAAUUUCGUUCAUAUUUUAUUGGCACUAAACUAACUGUCUUUUCUGAUCAUGUAGCUCUUAGGUACUUGCUUGCCAAGAAAGAGGUAAAACCAAGGCUCAUUAGAUGGAUAUUCCUUUUACAAGAGUUCGUCCUUAAGAUUAAAGACAAAAAGGGGAGUGAAAGUUUUGUGGCUGACCACCUCAGUCGCCUUAUCCAUGAGAAAGAAACUCUCCCAUUGCAAGAAAGCUUCCCCGAUAAACAAUUGCUUCUCGUCACGGACACAUCUCCUUGGUUUGCGAAUAUAGUGAACUAUUUAGUCACUAAGAAAACUCCAAGUGACUUGACCACCGCUCAAAGGCAAAAAUCAAGGCGAUGGCCAAAUCAAUUGAUAAGAAGGUGCGUGCAUGAAAAUGAAUUCCAUGCAAUAUUUACCUUUUGUCACUCUUAUGCAUGUGGUGGACAUUUUGGAGCAAAGAGGACUGCUCUCAAGGUGCCUGAAAGUGGAUUCUAUUGGUCCACUCUAUUCAAAGAUGCAUUCCUCUUUUGCAAAUCUUGUGAUCGAUGUCAAAGGAUAGAUAUUGAUUUCAUGGGACCUUUCCCUUUAUCUUAUGACAACCUUUACAUCAUUCUUUCAAUUGAUUAUGUGUCAAAAUGGGUGGAAGCAAGGGCCACUCGAACUAAUGAUUCUAAAGUGGUUGUAGAUUUUGUUAAAUCCAACAUUUUUGCAAGGUUUGGAACACAUUUUUGCAACAGUUCCUUUUGGACCCUAUUGAAAAGAUACAACAUCACCCAUAAAGUGGCUACACCUUACCAUCCGCAAACUAGUGGGCAAGUCGAAGUGUCUAACCGAGAGGUCAAAUCCAUCCUCGAAAAAACUGUAAAUACCAAUAGAAAGGAUUGGAGUCUCUGCCUCAAUGAUGCACUCUGGGUUUAUAGGACAGCAUACAAAACACCAAUUGCGGGUGAUCAAAGAAAGCUUCAACUCAAUGAACUUGAGGAAAUUCGAAAUGACGCCUAUGAAAGUUCAAGAAUUUACAAGGAAAAAACUAAGGCGAAUCAUGAUAAAAUGAUUUCAAGAAAGGCUUUUGUUAUUGGACAAAAAGUUCGUCUUUUCCACUCGCUCCUCAAGUUAUUUCCAGUAGAAUUCAAAAUCCUUCAGACUGAGAAAGAGUUUAAGGAAAAAGUAGCCUACCCUAAGGAGUGUGAGUCAGCAUUGAGUAAUCCGGCCCUAUGCAUAACCAAUGUGUAG